AUGUACAAAUCCGUUAUCAACGAGGCGGUCGUCAACCCGGACACGGUGACAAAGGAGAUUGUGCCCCAUGCGGUCGCACACAACAACAAGAAUGGGAUCACUGGCUGGAUGCUGUACAAUGACAGGAACAUGGUGGUUUACCAGGUGCUGGAGGGCCCCCCCGAGUCUGUGGAAAGGUUGUGGAGCCAGAUCCGGCGAGACCGCCGUCAUCAGGUCUUGGAGGAGAGCGUCAGGCGCAGGUGCAUCAGCCAGCGCGAGUUUGAGAACUGGUCCAUGGGCAUCGACGAAGUUGAGCAGACUGCUUGGAUGGCACAGAACUACUGA